AAUGAUUAAAGCCUGCAGUUGCUCACCUCACAAAGUUUUAGUGGCUUUCAGCACUACCACAUUGUGUCAGAACGUUGCACUAAGCAUCUGAAGCAAUGGCUGUUGUUAGUGGAACAUUCCGGAUGGUGUCCGAGGAGGAACAGGCCCUCAGAGCUAAACUGGAGCACCUCACAGUCAAAGAUCAUGGGUCCGUGUUUGGAUCCUGCGCCCAGCUACCUGAUCAUACAGUGCAGAAGGCUAAAGAUGAGCUGAAUGAGACGGCUGAGAAGCGCGUGGAAGCUGUAAAGGAACUCAGAGGUAUUAUGAAAGAAAAAGCAGACUCUGGAGAUGACAUUGCCAAAGGUGUCCAGGACACUUUUGGGGGAAAACCAGAUGGCGUGCUGGUGAGGUUCAUCCGAGCCAGGAAAUAUGAAGUUAACAGAGCCUAUGAACUAAUGAAGGGUUAUGUGCGCUUCAGGCGGGACUACCCUGAACUAUUUGAAAACCUGACCCCAGAGGCAGUACGCAGCACCAUUGAGGCCGGGUACCCAGGAAUCCUAUCAAGCAGAGACAAAUAUGGCCGUGUGGUGCUGCUCUUCAACAUUGAGAACUGGGACUAUGAGGAGAUCACCUUUGAUGAGAUCCUCAGAGCUUAUUGCGUGAUCCUGGAGAAGCUUCUGGAAAAUGAGGAGACUCAGAUUAACGGGUUUUGCAUAAUUGAGAACUUCAAGGGCUUCACCAUGCAGCAGGCCUCUGGCAUCAAACCCACAGAGCUGAAAAAAAUGGUGGACAUGCUGCAGGACUCCUUCCCUGCACGUUUCAAAGCAGUGCACUUUAUCCACCAGCCCUGGUACUUUACCACCACUUACAAUGUGGUCAAACCCCUGAUGAAGAGCAAACUGCUGGAAAGGGUGUUUGUCCAUGGCGAUGAACUGGAGAAUUAUUUCAAGGAGUUUGAUGCUGAUAUCCUGCCGUCAGACUUUGAUGGGAAGGGCUCCAAAUACGACGGCAAGGCCACAGCAGCUAAUCUUUUUGACUAAGCAUGCUGUCUGUCACCAUACAAGAAUGUGCCUGUGUGUAUGUAGUUAUGUUGUAUGACAGAAUCAUUGAGAGAUAUUUAUGUUUUUCUGAGAGUGAACCCAGCAGCAUUGAGAUUUUUCCAUGCAAAACAGCCAGCCGCUAUGGGAAAGACCUCAGAUGCCAUCAAUGAGGAAUUAUAAUUGAUAACUCAGACAACAGCAAAUGUUGCUCAGCAUGUGAUGCCCUUACUGAUCUUGGGCAGGCCCCUGCUUUCAGUUUGACUCCAAAAUGUAGGAAUACCUGGCCGAGAUCAGAUAUCCAUAUGUAUGAGGCCAGAAACUUUGUUUAAUUGCCUUAGUUUGAAGUAAAAUCAAAGUAGCAUCAUAAUGUGCUGUGAUAUGUCCAUUCCACCACUUUGAAUUUACUUACUGAUGAAGAAAAUCAAGUUGAAGGAGUAGAAAUUACUGUGACUAGUUAAAUGGAUGAAAACAAAUGUGUUCUUAUAACAUAAUGAUGAAAACAUUUUUACAAUGAGAAUAGCAAAAUACUCAACCCUGUCAAUUUGAUAAAGGUAAUUACAAACAUGUAUUAUGUUUUGAAACGAAAACUUUAUAUUGAAAUUUAAAAGUGUGUGGAAACUGUUCUACAUUGCAAUAAAACAAUAACUGGGAAAUUCGAUACUAUGCGCACUCUUGAAAUGAUAGCUUCUUCAUUACAUUAUCAUUUACUUAUUUCCUUUAAAUUAAAAUAAACUAUU